AUGGCGUCUGGUGGAGGUUCACGCAGCGUCUCUCCUACAAAUAUUGACGAUACCUUUGAGGACACUGGGGAACCACUGUUGCAUACCUCACAUUUAGAUCAUGAACGUCUACCGGUCUUAGAAGAGGAUCUAGAUGGAGAUUUCCUAGACAGCAAACAUCACAGCAAGGCAAACAGAUUGGAGGCGAAGCGCCGCCAACUUACAGAGGUAAACAGAGACCAUGCCGGCACCACGCGGCCUCAGUAUCAACCUCCACAGCUCAACCAAGAUUUGACGUCUAUAUCGUACUUAUAUAAAACCUGCUCAGGUGUGAAUGGAGCGUUGUGUGACAAUGUCAAAGCAGUCGGUGAAAAACGUUCGGAGAUUAGCGAUAUUGAACAAAUGAACAAUUACAUGUUUACCUGUUGGGCCAACGACACAAACAACAAGAACACAAACAACAAAGACACAAACAACAAGGACACAAACAACAAGAACACAAACAACAAGAACACAAACAACAAGAACACAAACAACAAAGACACAAACAACAAGAAAACAUACAACAAGGACACAAACAACAAGAACACAAACAACAAGGACACAAACAACAAAGACACAAACAACAAGGACACAAACAACAAAGACACAAACAACAAGAACACAAACAACAAGGACACAAACAACAAAGACACAAACAACAAGGACACAAACAACAAAGACACAAACAACAAGAACACAAACAACAAGGACACAAACAACAAGAACACAAACAACAAGGACACAAACAACAAGGACACAAACAACAAGGACACAAACAACAAAGACACAAACAACAAGGACACAAACAACAAGGACACAAACAACAAGAACACAAACAACAAAGACACAAACAACAAGAACACAAACAACAAGGACACAAACAACAAGAACACAAACAACAAGGACACAAACAACAAGGACACAAACAACAAGGACACAAACAACAAGAACACAAACAACAAAGACACAAACAACAAGAACACAAACAACAAGGACACAAACAACAAGAACACAAACAACAAGGACACAAACAACAAGAACACAAACAACAAGAACACAAACAACAAGGACACAAACAACAAGAACACAAACAACAAGGACACAAACAACAAGAACACAAACAACAAAGACACAAACAACAAGAACACAAACAACAAGGAUACAAACAACAAGGACACAAACAACAAAGACACAAACAACAAGGACACAAACAACAAGAACACAAACAACAAGAACACAAACAACAAGGACACAAACAACAAGGACACAAACAACAAGGACACAAACAACAAGGACACAAACAACAAGAACACAAACAACAAAGACACAAACAACAAGAACACAAACAACAAGAACACAAACAACAAGGACACAAACAACAAGAACACAAACAACAAGGACACAAACAACAAGGACACAAACAACAAAGACACAAACAACAAGAACACAAACAACAAGGAUACAAACAACAAGGACACAAACAACAAGGACACAAACAACAAGGACACAAACAACAAGAACACAAACAACAAAGACACAAACAACAAGAACACAAACAACAAGGACACAAACAACAAGGACACAAACAACAAGAACACAAACAACAAAGACACAAACAACAAGAACACAAACAACAAGGACACAAACAACAAGGACACAAACAACAAGGACACAAACAACAAGGACACAAACAACAAGGACACAAACAACAAGGACACAAACAACAAGAACACAAACAACAAGGACACAAACAACAAGGACACAAACUACCAGAGGUGGGAUACUGGUUUAGGAAAGACCUGGAUAAAUAAUGGUUUAGCAAAGAAAAUCUAUCUAGGUAGUAAAAUGGACAGUUUGACUAGUUUAGUCGUUACUAGAGAAGAAGUUGUUAAGCAAACAUUACCACACCAAACAAGUCCCCAAGGCCAGAUGAAGUGUUUGCCAGAGUGCUUAAAGAAUGUAAAGAAAAGCUUAAUGAGCCCUCGUAUUGCAUAUGCACUAAAUCACUAG